CUCAACUUCCCCAUGAAGCAUCCUAAUAACCAAUCACCAAAGAGAAGACACUCACUCACUCGGUCACUCACUUUUCAUGCUUAUAAAUUCUGUACCAACAAUUAACAACUUCCCUCUUUCCAAUCCUUUUGGGUUCACUUCUACUAGCCAAUAAUCAUCUUUUCGUGUUUCCUCUCUAUUUUUCUAGAUUCUUGAUUCUUGAUCAAUUCAAUAAAGAUAAACCCAUUAAAGAUUCUUAAAGAAAAAUUGAAAUGGCAAAACAAGAAGUAUAUGGUUUUCACUUCUUUAUGGUGUUUGUUCUUUUUACGAGUAUGACUAUGGCUUCUAGAGUCACUACUAUUGGGGUUAAUUGGGGCACCAUGACAACCCACCUACUCCGUCCAGAGAAUGUGAUAAAUAUGAUGAGAGAUAAUGGGUUUCAAAGGUUAAAAUUAUUUGAGGCCGAUGAGAGAAUAAUGGCUGCUUUGAUUGGAACUGAUAUUGAGGUUAUGUUGGCUAUACCCAAUUACAUGUUGCAGCAGAUGAGCGAAGAUCCUGCCGCUGCUACUAACUGGGUUGAUGCCAAUGUCACUUCUUGGCUAUAUAGCGGUGGAGUCAAUAUCAAGUAUGUUGCUGUAGGCAAUGAACCAUUUCUGCAAACAUAUAAUGGAAGUUAUUUGCAAGUCACAUUGCCUGCUCUAAGGAAUAUACAGCUUGCCCUUAACCAUGCUAAGAUUGGUUCUAGAGUUAAAGCCACAGUACCCUUUAAUGCCGAUGUCUAUUACUCUCCAGACCCUAAUCAAAUUCCAUCUGCUGGUGAUUUUAGACCCGAAGUUCGCGACCCGACACUCGAAAUAAUCCAGUUUCUACAUUCAAACGAUGCACCUUUCACUGUCAAUAUCUAUCCUUUCUUGAGUCUCUACAGCGAUGAGAACUUCCCAGUUGACUUUGCAUUCUUCGAUGGAGCAAAGAAUCCAAUCAAAGAUGGUAAUUUGGUUUACACUAAUGUGUUUGAUGCAAAUUUUGACACUCUUGUGUGGGCAUUAAACAAGGCAGGGUAUCCUGAUAUGAAAAUUUUAGUAGGAGAAGUUGGCUGGCCAACUGAUGGUGAUAAAAAUGCCAAUAUACAGAAUGCCAAGAAAUUCAAUCAAGGAUUAAUCCAACACGUUUUGAGUGGAAAAGGAACACCUGCAAGAAAAGGUAAGAUUGAUGUUUAUCUCUUUAGUCUAAUUGAUGAGAAUGCUAAAAGCAUUGCUCCUGGAAGUUUUGAAAGACACUGGGGAAUUUUUGAAUAUGAUGGGAAGCCAAAAUAUGAACUCGACUUAUCAGGUUUAAAAGAGGAUAAAGCUUUAGCUCCUGUUGAAGGAGUUAAAUAUAUGCUUAGAAGAUGGUGUGUUCUAAACCCAGACGCAAGUGAUUUAGAAGAAUUGCCUGAUAGUAUCAAUUAUGCUUGCAGUUUAUCAGAUUGUACUUCUUUGGGUUAUGGAUCUUCUUGUAAUCAUUUAAGUGUUGAAGGGAAUGCUUCUUAUGCUUUUAACAUGUAUUAUCAGGUUAAUAACCAGAAAGAUUGGACUUGUGAUUUCUCUGGUCUUGCUGCAAUUACAGACCAGGAUCCUUCUGAUGGUGAUUGUGAGUUUCCUAUUAUGAUUGCUUCUGGUCAUUCUUUGGGAAUCCAUGGGAGAUUGUUAGAUUUGUUAGUAAGAAUUCUUGGAGGAUGUUUAGUAGUGUUUUUGGUAGUGUUGUGAGGCCAGGAACAUGUGUUUGGUAGUGUUGUGAGGCCAGGAACAUGUGUAGAAGAGACAAAAGCGAGGGUAAUAUUGUAUUUUAGACCUAUUAUUGUCAUUUGUAAGAAAAUUUUGAUUUGAUGUAAGAAAUGUUAAGUCUCCUCAAGUGCUUGCUUGUAAA